AUGGCCCCCAGCAAGAUUCCCGGCCAAGACGGCACCCUAACGCAACCCCAAGCGACAAAACUAAUGUCCUUCUUCAUCAAAUCCCACGCCGCAUCCAUCCCCCCAACCAACUUCGACCGCGCAGUCUACGACAACCUCGAAGUGCUCUCCUGCACCCUCCUCGAACCCCGCAUCACAGCCAAAUCCCUCAUACGCAUCAAGGUCCCACCAAACUACUCUAACCAACAGGAAGGGAAGUUGCCGCGGACUACGCAUGGAGGGGCGAUACCGAUGUUCUUUGAUUUGCCUACUAGCAUUACGAUUGUAGCGUGUAAUUUCUCGGGGUGGGAGUCGACGGGCAUGACGCGGCGGUUGGAUGUGACGUAUCUUAAGCCGCCGGUGGAGGGUGAUGAUUUGAUUCUGGAGAGUGAGGUGCUGAGUAUUGGGAGGCGGUUAGCGACGAUUAGGGGCGUGUUGAAGAGGGAGAGGGGAUGGGGUUGUGUUGGCGAUUUGUCAGCAUGA